GGAGCGCGCGUGCGCUCGCCGGGCCGGCCGUCGCCGCGGUGACCGUCCUCGAGUCGGCCGGCUCGCGCCCCGCCCCCGGCCCCGCCGCCCCCUCCCCUGCCGCGCGCGGGGGCUGCUCCUCGCUCCUCCCGCGUUGCCGCCGCCGCGCCCCCCUCCUCUCCCGGCCUUGGGUUUCCCUGGCGCCGCCGCCGCUCCCUCUGCGGUCCGCCUGAGGAGGAGGAGGAUGUGAAGAUGGCGGAGCUGCAGAUGCUGCUGGAGGAGGAGAUCCCGGGGGGCCGCCGGGCCCUCUUCGACAGUUACACGAACCUGGAGCGGGUGGCCGACUACUGCGAGAACAACUACAUCCAGUCUGCAGACAAGCAGCGAGCCCUAGAAGAAACCAAAGCUUACACCACCCAGUCCUUAGCAAGUGUUGCCUAUCUGAUAAAUACCUUGGCCAACAAUGUCCUGCAGAUGCUGGAUAUCCAGGCAUCUCAGCUACGAAGAAUGGAAUCUUCAAUCAAUCAUAUUUCACAAACUGUUGAUAUUCAUAAAGAGAAAGUUGCAAGAAGAGAAAUUGGUAUUUUGACUACCAAUAAAAACACUUCAAGGACACAUAAGAUUAUUGCUCCAGCCAAUCUUGAACGACCAGUUCGUUAUAUUAGAAAACCUAUUGACUAUACAAUUCUAGAUGAUAUUGGACAUGGAGUAAAGUGGUUGCUUAGAUUUAAGGUGAGUACCCAGAAUAUGAAGAUGGGUGGGCUGCCGCGUACAACACCUCCAACUCAGAAACCCCCCAGUCCCCCUAUGUCAGGGAAAGGGACUCUUGGGCGGCACUCCCCCUAUCGCACACUGGAGCCAGUGCGUCCUCCAGUGGUACCAAAUGAUUACGUACCUAGCCCAACCCGUAAUAUGGCUCCCUCGCAGCAGAGCCCUGUGAGGACAGCUUCUGUGAAUCAAAGAAAUCGAACUUACAGCAGCAGUGGGAGCAGUGGAGGAAGCCACCCGAGCAGUCGGAGCAGCAGUCGGGAGAACAGUGGAAGUGGGAGUGUGGGUGUUCCCAUUGCUGUUCCGACGCCCUCUCCUCCCAGUGUCUUUCCAGCCCCUGCUGGCUCUGCUGGUACUCCUCCCCUUCCUGCUACUUCUGCAUCUGCCCCUGCCCCUCCUGUUCCUGCUACCGUCCCUUCCUCCACUGCCCCAGACACUGCCGCUGGGGGUGCCCAGACCCUUGCUGAUGGCUUCACUUCUCCAACUCCCCCUGUUGUUUCUUCCACUCCCCCUACAGGUCAUCCUGUUCAGUUCUACAGCAUGAAUAGACCUGCCUCUCGCCAUACUCCCCCAACUAUAGGGGGCUCAUUGCCCUAUAGACGCCCUCCUUCCAUAACUUCACAAACAAGCCUUCAGAAUCAGAUGAACGGAGGACCUUUUUAUAGCCAGAAUCCAGUAUCUCUUGCUCCUCCUCCUCCCUCCAUCCUACAAGUAACUCCUCAGUUACCUUUAAUGGGAUUUGUGGCCAGAGUCCAAGAAAAUAUUUCAGAUACACCACCACCACCACCACCUGUGGAAGAACCAGUCUUUGAUGAAUCCCCGCCCCCCCCUCCUCCCCCAGAAGAUUACGAAGAGGAGGAAGCAGCUGUGGUUGAGUACAGUGAUCCUUAUGCUGAGGAGGACCCGCCCUGGGCUCCAAGAUCUUACUUGGAAAAGGUUGUGGCAAUUUAUGAUUAUACAAAAGACAAGGAAGAUGAGCUGUCCUUUCAGGAAGGAGCCAUUAUUUAUGUCAUCAAGAAGAAUGACGAUGGUUGGUAUGAGGGAGUUAUGAAUGGAGUGACCGGGCUCUUUCCUGGGAAUUAUGUUGAGUCUAUCAUGCAUUAUUCUGAGUAAAGCUCGGCAGGGCCCUGUCGCCCUCACAGAACAGUCAGGUCUUCCCACAUUAUCACAAGGCCCUGGGGAUUCCCCUCCAGUGAAAUGAAUGAAGGAUACAAAUGACAAAACUGCUUACGUUUCUUUGGUUUAUCCCCCAGUAUUAAAACAAACAAAAAAGCAAGCCGAGUCCGAACAAAUGGAUCUUCCUGCCAUCACUUGUACUGUGCUGAGCUGUUUGGAUUGAAAUAAGGUGACCAUUUCUAAAUA